CGCGCAACCACUCCGCCCUCGCACGCGCCGCACAGCAGCGCACGUCCACCUCAUUCCUUCUCGCCGGCCUCACUCCUUCGCUCGUGCCCGACGCAUACCCUCACACACACCUUUCGCCGCGCUUCGGUCGCAGCCGUCUGCGCCUCCGCCGACGUCCAUCGCCGCGUGCAUCGCGCCCACCGUGCCGCCGCUGGAGCGAGCCAUCCAGCGCGCCGUCGCGCCAUGAACGGGCCCGGCGCGCCCACCGGCGCCGGCUCGCCUGGCGCCGGCUUCAACAUGGGCGCUCUCGAUCCUGCGCUGCUCAUGGCCGGCACCGGCGGCGGUGCUGGAGGCCAGCAGCAGCAGGGCGGCGCCGGCCAGAUGGCCAACCUCGGCGGCGGCGCGAUGCAGGGCAUGCCCGCCAACUUCGGCGCCGGCGGCAUGCCGCAAGGCAUGUCUGGCAUGAACCUGCAGAUGCAGAUGCAGAUGCAGGCCAUGCAGGCCAUGCAGAACGCCGGCUUCGCCCAGCAGUCGCAGCAAGGCGGCAUGGGCAUGCCGCCGCAGCAGCAGAACAUGCAGCAGAACCUCGCUGCCUUUCAGCAGCAGCUGUUGCAGCAACAGCAGCAGCAACGGCAGCAGCAGCAGCAGCAACAACAGCAGAGCAUGCAACAACAGCAGCAGCAGUCGCAGCAGCAGGGCCAGUCGCAGCCUCAACAGCAGCAGCAGGGCGGCCAGCAGUCGCAGCAGCAGCAGCCGAAUGCCGGCGCCGCGGGCGGCGGUGGGCCGGGCUUCGGGCCAGGCGGACAGAUCCACAACCCGAUGCAGAUGCUUCAGGCCAUCGCCGGCAACAUGUCAGCUCUACAGCGCCAGUGGGCCGCCGUUGCGACACAGCCCGACUCGCAGCAAAAGACACAGGCGCAAACGCAUCUCGGCAUGCAGAUGAAGCGGCUGCAGGCCAUGCGCACGCAGGCGAUGACCGCUCUGCAGGCCUCGGGCGGUGCCGCUGCUCUCGGCGUCCAGCCCGGCCAGCAGUCGCAAGGCCAGCAGCCGGGCCAGCAGCAGCAGCAGGCACAGGGCACGCCGCAGCAGCAGAUGGCCUCCGGCAUGGGACAGCAGCCCGGCGGGCAGCCGCAGCAGCCGCAACAGCCGCAGUCUAGCGGCAUGGGCGCCGCUGCCGAGGCGGGCGCGCACCAGGCCCAGCUUGCGGCGCUGCAGGCCUUCGCUCAGCAGCAGCGAGCCUCGCAGCAGCAGGUCGGCCGCGGCAGCCAGGGCAGCGUGCCCGAUCUCUCCCAGCUGCAGGCGCAGAUGCAGCAGCAGCAGCAACAGCAGCAGCAGGCGCAGCCGCAGCAGCAGCAGGGCCAGCAGCAAGGGCAGCAACAAGGUCAGCAGCACAUGCAGCAGCCAUCCUCGUCCGGCGAUGCGCAGCAGUCUGGCGGCCAACCGCCCUCGCGCGACUUUCUGCAGACUGUGCGCGCCUUCAUGGCCCAGCGCGGCACGCCGCUGCAGCCAAACAUGCCUCUCACGUUCUACGGCCCGUCUCUUACGCCGACGCCCGCCGAGCCGACGCGCGCCGUCGAGCUGCAGCCGCUCUUCGCCAUGGUGAUCAACGUCGGCGGCUCGGGGCGCCUCAACUCGACGCCCGGCGGCUGGGCGCAGAUCGCGCAGCGCCUCGGCCUCGCCGCGUCUACGUCGCCGGCGCCCGUGCAGGACUCGGGCGAGGGCUUUCCGACGCCCGACCAGGUACCUGGACGCCUCGCCGUCUGGUUCCGCGACCGCCUCGGCCAGUUCGAGCAGUUCUGGCUGCAGCGCAUGCGCACCAACUCGGCCGGCUCGUCGGCGCCGCAGCUCGCCGGCUCGCCGGUGCAGAGCGCCCCGCAGCCGCCCGCACAGCAGGCUCAGAGUCAGCCGCAGCAGCUCGGCCAGCCGCAACAGCAACAGCAGCAGGGCCAGAUGCAGCAGCAGCAGGGUCAGAUGCAGAUGCCGCAGCAGCAGCAGAUGCAAAUGCCGCAGCAACAAGGGCAGAUGCCGCAGCAGCAGGGCCAAGCGCAGCAACAGCAGCAGCGUCCGCAGCAGCAGGCGGGUGCGGCCGCUGGCGCCAUGGGCGCGCCGCAAAUGCCCAACGUCACCAUCGCCCAGGCGCAGCAGCUGCAGAACGCCUUGCCGCAGCAGAUGCAGCAGCUCCAGACGCUCGUCAACGCGGGCCGCAUCACGAUGGACCAGGCCAAGCUGCGCUUCACGCAGAUGCAGCAGAACGCCGCGCGCGCCAUGCUCCUCGCCCAACAGCAGCAACAACAGCAGCAGUCGCAAGCCGGUCCCUCGUCGCAGCCCCAAGGGCAGACGCAGCAGCAAUUCCAGAACGGACAGCAGCCGGACGGCCAGCAACGACCCGGCACGGGCCACAGCGCGUCCGGAGGACAGCAGUGGAACGCCGGCCAGCAGCAACAGCUGCAGCAGAUGCAACAGCUUCAGCAGAUGCAGCAGCAGCAACAGGCGCAGCAGCCGGGCCAGCAGCAGGCGCAGCAGCAGCUCCAGCAGUUCCAGCAACUCCAGCAGCUCCAGCAGAUGCAGGCGAUGCAGCAGGGCAACCCGAUGCAGCAGCACGCCGGCAUGCAGCAGAUGGGCGGACAAGGCCACCCGAUGCCGAUGCAGGCGCAGCAGCAGCAGCUCCAGCAGCAAAUGCAGCCGCCGCACCAGCAGCAACAGCUUCCACAGCAGCAGCAGAACAUGCAACAGCAGAUGCAGCAGCAGCAGAGCGGCCUGCCGCCUCAUCUCCAGCAGCAGUCCGCCCCGCAGCAGUCGAUGCAGCAGAGUGGCGCGCCCAACACCCAGCAGCACGUGCAAGGUAUCUCCGGCCCGCCGGUGCCCUUGAUGCAGGCUCCGCCGACGCCAAAGGAGGCGAAGAAGAGCAAGCCGCGCGCUCGCAAGCCGACGAUGACCUCCGAGGCCGGCGGCGUGCCACCGCCAGAUGCACCGCUGCCGACGUCGCAGGCGCCUGGCGCCGCUCUGAACCCGCAAGCGCCCGAUGCCGCAUCGCAGCAGCAGGGCCAGCCCGGCUCGCAGGGUACCGCUCAGUUCCAGGCCGCGCAAGCUGCCAUGCGCGCGCUGCAGAGCGGCACGCUCAACCGGCAACAGCAGGAAGCUGCGUACGCAGCUGUGCGGGCCGGUACUGCUGGUCUGCAGCCUGGCGCACGGGCACCGCAACCAGCGCAAGGCGCACCGCAGAGUGUGCCACCGUCGGGCACCAGCGCGCCUGUCCCGCCGCCCACGAUGGCUGUCGCCAUGCAGCAACAGCAACAGCAGCAGCAGGCCGCCGCCGCAGCGGGCGCACCCUUAGCGCCAGGUCUUGGCGCUGCUGCCGCGCAGGCACUCGCCGGCCUGCCGGGCCAGGGCCAGGCGAGCGUGGCGCCUCCGCCGCCGAGCAAGUUCAAGAUCGAGUACAUGCCAAUCCGCCGGGAUCUGAAGAGCCACGGCGGCUGGGACCUGGAGCAGGUCGACGAGGUGCUCGGUCCGACGCUGGAGGGCCGCGGGCGCCUGCCGCGCACGGUUCGAGAGCUCGGUCUCAUCGACGUGCUCGGCCUCACGAUGUCGCUGCGGAGCCGGCUAGAGACGGAGGUUGCAUACGCGCUCAACGCUCUCUGCAUCAUCUCGGCCGGCAGCGGCGCGCCGCCCAACAUCGAGUACACCUUCCCGCUCGCCCCUUGCGAAGAUCUGCUCGACGAGCUGCUCGAGCUGCUCGAGGAGUCGGCAUUCGGCCGCGACGAGGAUGCGCUAGAUGCCACUCUCACCUCCGAGCGCGUGCCCGCCGACGGGGAAGCGGACGUCACCGCACCAGAGAACCUCACGCAUCGCGACUGGGUGCUCGCAGCCCUCGAGGACGAGGAGAACCCGCAGCCUCUGCGCCGGCGCAGACGGCGGGCGCUGUCCAUGCCCGAGACGGACGAGAAUGGCGCCGGGCCAUCGCGCAAGCGGCGAGCGGUCUCUCGGCUGCGCGCCACAGCCGACUCUGAUCCCGGCGCGAGCGCGUCUACGCCGCCAGCCAGUCCGCCAGCACGCGCCGCAAAAGCUGACGACGACGAGGUCGAGGAGCUGUCAGGCCCAAAGCACUGGGCGUCGCUCCGGCAGGAGCGCUUCGCCGAGCGCUCAGCAGCGCUCGCGCUGACAGUGCUCGACAUCGUGCGCAACUUCUCGGUCAUGCCGGACAACGUCGAGCUGCUGGCGCAACAUCCGCGCGCGCUGCGUCUGCUUGCGCGCCUGUGCGUGGCCACAGAGCGGGAGACACGCGAGAUGCUGCAUCUGCGUGGCGCGCUCAAGGAGCCAGAGGCAGAGCUGGACGACGCCUCGCGCAGCAGUGCCGCCGACGAGGACGAGCGGACGGUCUUCACGCCGGCAGAGGCGCUGCGCGUGCGCAAGGAUGUGCUCGCCAUGCUGUCGCACAUCGCCGGCCCUCACCUGCGGCUGUCCAAGCUUGGACGAUCGGCGACGAUGGCGCUCUUCGACCUGCUCACCGCCUUCAUCAUCGACGCCGGCGACAUGGAGCACACGUCUGGCCGCGUCUGGAGCACCGACAUUGGUGGCCCACCGCCGCAGCCCGGCCAGCGGCCGCAGCUGCUGAACCGCAAGGUGCCGCAGCACGCCGACUCUGCGCUCGAUGCCUUCUCUCGCUUCGCGCAGCCGGACGAGAACCGCGAGGUGCUCAGCGCGAUUGUGCCGGCCGCGAAGCUGCUGCGCCUGGGCACGUGCCUCACGCGCCUGCUGCCGGUCAGCGAGCUUGACUUCUACAUCAUCAAGACGGAGGGCCGGCUAGCGUACCACGAGCGCGCGGCGAUGUCGCUGUACAACAUUGCCUUCCUCGCGCCGCCGCGCAUCAAGGCGGCACUGCGCGAUGCGCCGGGCGUGCCGGGCGUGCUGUACCGCUGUGUGCGCAAGCUGCUCAAGGUGCACGCCAACUUCGAGGCGAACCCGUUCAGCUGCCUCGUGACGCGCCUGGCCGAGACGCUGCGCCUGCUCUCCGACGGCAACGACACGUUUGCCACGCUCAACGGCCGCCACACCGCCACGGCGCCCGGCAUUCUCGUCGACGAGCUCAUGGGCGUGCUCGACAUCUUUGCCACGGACAACAUCGACCCGGGCCUGGUUGCUGAGCUGGAGGUCACUGUAUCGACGACGUAAUGGGACUGCUGCUACUGUUGCG